UGUCAGUUACUGCUCCCAGACCAGACCUCCCAGAUGGUCCUCACCCAGUCUCCUGGAAUGUAUGAAAGGUAUGUGGUGACGGUGGUGCAGUGGUGCCGAGGAGUGAGUGAAGAGUCUCGGGAGACAAGCACCGGGAAUAUUGAUGAACCACAGCUCGGAGAGCACGGCAACUGGUCUGUUCUCGCGGAACUUCAGAAGAUCCAGCGAUUUAACUUCCUCCUGGAGAACUCCAACUGUACGAAGAGAGAUGCCCCGGACCCAGCCCAGGCCCCUGCCAGCCCGCCGGGGCCACCUCGUGGAGGGGCAGACAUUGGGGCUGUGCUGCGGAGGACCUCCCAAGCCAUCCAGGACAUCGAGGUCCUGCUGAGGGGCAAGGACAGAGCCGGCAGCCCCGGGAGUUAG